AUGCGCUUCCUCACCACCUUCUUCCUCCUAGUCGUCAGCCUCGCCGCUCUCGCAAGCGCGAACAACGACAAAAAGAGCGACGUGAGGAACUUCAGGGAUGUCGUGAAAGAUUGCGUUGUCGCGUGCAACUACGGUCCUCACUGCGCGCACUAUUGCGAGUGCAAGGUGUACAAGCUUCUAGGCAAGAACAUCAAGUCGUGCAAGAAGCCAGGGCCUAAAGGUUGCGAGACGUACGAGCUCAGUGGCAAAGUUCGUCGAGACGAAGAUACUUCUGCGGCUGUUGACCAAGCUGCGUCCGCGACUGUUGACCAGGCUUCGUCCGAGACUGCUACUCAGGUCGACCCCGGAACCAUCAAUUACAACCAAGACGCUCCCGAGGACUUUGUUCAGACUGCUGAUGUCAACGGCGACGACAACACCUGCGAGACACAGGGCUGCUCCGAGGCCUUGCCGUAUUGCCUCAAGGCGUGCGGCUUUGGUCCCCAUUGCGAGGGUUACUGCGCCUGCAUGUUGCACUCGAACCCGAAAUCAAUCUGCCGCCAACAAGGCUGCGUCGAGGCUCCUCAAGAAUGCGAUCAAUGGGAGUUCACCGACCACGACAUUGCUCUUGCUGGCCCGGAGACUGCCGACUAUGAGCAAGUCGCUGCCGCUGCCAACGCUCGGGAGGGAAGCGACGACGACGACGUUAACAGCGAACACUGCAAAGCUUGCCGCGAUGCGGGGUACGAAUGUAGCAAGAAGUGCGGCGCCGACGAUAUGAUCUGCAAGGCUCUAUGUUUGUGCGCGAGCACUGCGGAAGAUAACUGCGGCAAGUGCAAGUCCGUCGACUGCCCCCGCACUUAA